CUUCCUUAUCCCCAGUCCUGACCCAUCGAUCCUCUCUGAGAGGUGAGAGGAGUCCCAACUCACUCCAUGGCUUCAAUUCGUCUUCCCUGUCCUUCGUCAACCCCGUCCUUUUCCAGUGAACAUUAUCAAAUAUUCCAUAAGCCUCUUCCAUCACCUCCUCUCUGUAAACCCUUUAAUCAUGCUAACCAUACUAUCAAUACUAAAAACAUUCUCUCUCUUUCAUGUACCCUUUCUCUUUCUUGUACUCCUAUACUUCCAAUUAGAAACUCCAAACUAAGCUGCUUCGUUUUACAUUUCUCUUCUACAACUCAAGACUCAGUUGUUGAUUCCUCGUUGUCCCAAUCAGAAGUCGAAGCAAAGACUGAAGAAGAAGAAGGAGAACAAGAGGAAUAUUCUCGAACCAGAGUGCUCGCUCAGAAUGUUCCUUGGACUUCUACCACCGAAGACAUCCGUACUUUGUUUGAGAAAUUUGGGACUGUUUUAGACGUUGAGCUUUCCAUGCAUAACAAGACCAGAAACAGGGGUUUGGCAUUUGUCACUAUGGGCUCCCCUGAUGAGGCACUUGCAGCUAUUAAAAAUCUCGAAUCUUAUGAAUUUGAGGGUCGGACUUUGAAGAUGAAUUACGCCAAGCUAAAAAAGAAAAAACCUUCACCACCACCACCUCCAAAGCCAGCAGCAACAUUCAACUUGUUUGUAGCAAAUUUGCCAUUCGAAGCUAAGGCAAAAGAUCUUAAGGAGUUCUUUAAUGCUGAAGGCACUGAUGUUGUUUCUGCUGAAAUUGUAUACCAUGAUAAUCCAAGAAGGCCUUCUGGCUAUGGAUUUGUCGCCUUCAAAACUAAAAAAGAAGCCGAUGCUGCCCUUUCUGCAUUUCCAGGGAAGAUGUUUAUGGGAAGGUCAAUGAGAGUUAGUCGUAGCAGACAAUUCGUGAGACAACAAAGAAAUGAAGGUCUGCAAUCUGAUGAUACUUCAACUGAGUUGAACUCUGGAGUCGAGCAAGUAGACCCAACUCAUGAAAAUUGAAAUGGAAAUUUUGUGGGCACUGAAAUUUCUCAAUUCACUUCACCUUGCUGUUUUAUAGGUCUGACCAAAUUCUCUACCUAGUAGAUUUUUGAAAGAAAGUAUUGGUAAUAUGCAUCUUGCUUUCUGCAAUGGAAUUCAUCAGAUUUAGCUACAAGCUUCAUUCCCAUUUAUAUCCAUUUAAUUUUAAUUAUACUUGGUAACUCUUAGAAAGAAGGAGAGAGAAGAGGGGGGUUUGAAUUUAUGUUGGGAUCGAUGGUUUGCAUUCAACCAUGUCUAUUGUGCUAUUUUGUUGAUGUAUGUACAUGGCUUGAAGCUGUAAUCUAAGCUCCAUAUUGUUGUAUAUUGCUAUAGUUGGCUCUAACUCCUGCAACCAGCUCUUUUUAUACCCUGUUUUAUGGAUCAUCUUGUUCUUUCU